UUCUUUUUUAAUGGGGCUGCAAGUAGCGCAAGCCGCGAUGGAAGGGUUUGUCCUCGACGGCAACAAAACGGAGAUAAAAAACUACCCCCAUUCAGUGUAUUUUAAUAUAUAUUGUGCAGAUACGUCGUACAUUUGUGGGGGCUCGAUUCUAAACCAGCGGAUAAUGUUGACCGCUGGACACUGCUUGGAGGACUGCCAUGGGAAGAAUCGUUUAAAUGUGCUGAUUAAAUAUGGCCAUGAAUACAUAAAAAAUAUGAAGUCGACGCAGAUGAAGGAUUUCAUAAUCCACGAACAUUACAACGGUCACACGAUGGCCAAUGACAUUGCUUUGGUGAUGGCGACUAGAGCCCUGCCUCUCGGAAACGUGGUUCGAAGGGUCAUAUUACUGAAUUCAGCGCCGAAACUUAAGCUGGCCUAUGUAGCGGGCUGGGGCGUAAUGAACUACCGCGACGAUGUGUCCCUCACGUUACUGGAAGCAGUUCAAGAGUUGCAGCCUGUGUCAGUAUGCAAGCUGAUGGGACCGCGGCUCAGGGGCACCUUCUGCGCGGGCGUCCUCACUGGCCCGGGGAACCCUGCUGAGGGCGACUCAGGCAGCGCGUUGGUAGGCAAGAAUCACGUUCAAAUUGGACUGGUCUCCUACAAAGUUAGCCACUACAGCCUAGUGAUGUACACCAACGUAUCAUAUCACUUCUACUGGAUACGGAACAACGCUCAAAAACUGUACUGUAGAUAUAAUUUAAAGUAGAUAAAUAGUUAAAUAAAUAAAAGAAUAUGAAAUAA